ACAAACACAAAUGUGCUACAUGUAAAUAGAACCGAUAGCGUCAGACAUGGCAGAUAUUUUAACUCAUAUUUUCGCAAACAUGUCUCAAGCGGACUCAAAUAAGGACCGUGUUGUAACUCCCCCUGCACCUCCACAGUGCAGUGUCCUAAUAGUCGGAGAACAAAGCCUCGGACGUUCGCUGCUGCUGUUGACGGCCGUGACAGCUGCCUCUCAGAUGGGGAUGAGGGUAGUCUUCUUCGCCCCUGAGCAGAUACAAAGCCUGCCAGCAUCUCUGCAGAAAUGCAUACCAAGUCUAAACCCGGAGAGUCUAAAGAAAAUCAGAUUCUGCUAUCCGAGGACUGUUGAGGAGUUGCUUCAGCAAGUCGCAGGCCUUCAUGAGUCCAACAACUCCUUUCCCACUUCUCCGUCACUGGUCAUCGUUGACAGGUUGGAGGACUUCCUGUGCGGACUUGCAUGUAAUCGCUACAGUGGGUAUCACCCAGGUGAGCAGUCUUGUGCUGCACACCUAGCAGCUCUUUUGUGCGACACAGCUACUUUUCUCACAAGCGUCCUUAAGCAGCAGUCACCGACCACAGCCCCUUGCCGCGUAAUCGCCUCUUAUAAGUCACAAGAGGACAAGGGCGACUCCUCCGUCUCGGAUCCUGUCCUUGAUGCCCUUGACCGUUACUUUGAGGUACGAUGUACUCUGCACCAAGACAGAAGCUACAAAGCCACAGAAGCCGGACAGCAGGAAGUGUGGCACAUUUAUUUUUCUGGACUUGGCAUCACGCAUGAGCCUUGCACCACAGACUCUCAGGUCAAGGCAGGUUUAGCUCAAGAGUGGCAGUUGUUAAUAUUCCCUGAUGGUUUAAUGGAGUUUAAGUUAGUUUGAGCAUCUUUACUACAUCUAUACUACAUCUAUACAUCUAUACUAUAGUAGGUAUUAGUACAUAACUUACCGUACGUCCACCCACAUGAGAACGACAUAAACCUAACAUGACACAUGUUUUGCAGAGAUUAAAAAAAGAGUUGAGUUGUGAAGCACUUCCCGUUUACAAAUGCACAAGUCUUUCUCUUUCAAGAAAAAUGAAGAAAAUACAACAGCUAAAAAAUAAAAAAAAAGAGUAAAAAGGCAGUUUGUGGUAAUAAUGAAUGGAAUGGAACAUCAAAAUAUUAAUAUUCCCUUCAAUUCUAUCCACAUUAAUGUCAUAAUACAGCGUAGUAUUGGAGUCAAAGCCUUUAUUGAACUCUUCAUCAGUUUGUACAACAUAUUUUCAUAAAAGAAGCAAACCAAAGGCAAACAUUAGUGUAACUUUGCAUUGAAAUAUCACCAAUACCUUUCUAUACAAAAAUAAAAAUAGAUCUGUACAGCCUACAGUCAUCUUGUAUUCUACAACUUGGAAAUGAACAUAGUUAUUUACAAAUACAGUGAUUGUAGAUGUAGUCUGUUUAAAUCUCUACAAAGGAUGACAACCCCCUUACGUUUUCCGACCUUAAUGUCAAUUAAGUUAUUCAGUUGUAAUAGUAUUUGUGGAAAAUAUUUCACUCACGCCAUUGCAAUGAUCUCCAUUUAAGUUUGAUGCAACACUGUCAUCAUUUUGUUGUAUCAAAACCUGAGUGGCAUUAGUACAAUAAAGUGUCAAGUACUUUAUUAAUGAAGGGUUGCAAAACUGCUGACAGUGCUCAUGUGCUUUAUGCUACUUUGAUUCUGGGAGAAUAUAGCUUGCUAUAGUUGCAAAUUAGCCCUAAAAACUACUUUUAGAAGAUUCGACUUUAUUGUGAAACUUGUCAUUGAUGAUUGAUUCAGAGGUUAGUACAGUGGAGCCCGCUUAUGUUGACAACCCUCGGACUGGCUGACUGAUGUCAACAUACAGUGGUGUUUGCUGUCUUCCUGAUUUCGUAUUCUUUUGCAUGUUUGUCACACUUAUACGUUUCAGAUUCAGAUGAUCAAAUACAUUUAAAUAUUAGUCAAUGGUAACACAACUGAACAUACAAUAGAAUGCACUUUGUAAAUGAACAAAUGUUUUGAAUGAUUAAUAAUCUUAGUCUGACAAGAAAAAAAACAUCAUACCAACAGUAAAAUAUGGUGGUGGUAGUGUGGGGUAGUCUGGGGCUGUUUUGCUGCUUCAGGAUCUGGAAGACUUGCUGUGAUCAAUGGUACCAUGAAUUCCCAAAAAAUUAGAGUAAAGUAGAAUAUCCGGCCGUCUGUUGGUGACCUCAAGCUGAAACCAACUGGGGUUCUGCGGUAGGACAAUGAUCCAAAACACACCAGCAAGUCCACCUAUGAACGGCUGGGAAAAAAACAAAAUGGAGACUUUGGAGUGGCCUAGUCAAAGUCCUGACCUGAAUCCUAUUGAGAUGCUGUGGCAUGACCUUAAAAAGGCGCUUCAUGCUGGAAAACCCCCCAAUGUGGCUGAAUGACAACAAGAUGAGUGGGACAAAAAGAGACUCAUUGCAAGUUAUCACAAAUGCUCGAUUGCAGUUGUUGCCCAACCAGUUAUUAGGUGAUUAUUCUUCUCUUUCCCUUAAUAAUAAAAAGUUUCAUUUUGUGUUCAGUUGUGUUGUCUUUGACUAAUAUUAUUAUUUUUUUUGAUUAUUCGAAACAUGUAAGUGUGACAAAUACGCCCAAAACCCCCACAAAAAACACUUUUUCACACCACCAACUUAAUCGAAACUAAAACUAGCCAUGGCUUGCACAUUUACUUGUGACAUUGGCCAGAACCAUAAGGAGAAUUGACGAUAAUUGUUGACAUGGUUUGUACAUUUUAUUUUAUUUUUUUUCCUUUUGCACUUUUUAUUUUAAUUCUUCUAUUUUCAGAUGGUAAGGCACAGAAGCGUUUUAAAUGUUGGCACUCUGUUCCAGCGUUUCAGAAGUUAAACAACAGGAUCGCUUAAAUAUAAAAGAAUUUCUGUGGAAACACGGGCUGUCCAUACUGAAAUGUUUUCAGGUCAAAACGGUAAAAUAUUUCAUUGUUUCAGUGCAUUGAAAUGGUAUUUUUGCAGGGUAAGAAAAUCUGACUAUUCCGCCUUGUUGGUGCCGUGUGGACCAGCAAAUGACUACUUUCUGAGAACGACCAGAAGUGAUGUUUACUGCUACAGAAAAGCCAAUAAUUCAACUGGCAUGACUCCCAGUAGACAUUUUUGUUUAUACGAAGGUGACGGACCUCAUGUGCAUUCGUUCUUUCUUCUAUAGUUUUAGUUUGUCGUUUUUACCCAAUCAUCCAUUCCUGUGUGGAAGUGACUAUUUACUGAUUCGACAUUAUGCGGACAUGAUUUUUCUUACAACAUUUUGUGGCCAGGACCUUAGUUUCAUUCUUUCCACGAGGUUGCCAGAUGGUUAUGCCAACCGAUCGACUGAAUAGUAGUGUUCAGUAAGAACAACAGCAAUGAUCAUUUCUAAGUAUUGGAACAGAUCACUGAAGACUUGAUUGUGUCUUUAUCAGUCUUAGUCGGAUUCAAGUUGAUUCAAAGCCAUGCAGGUUUGAGUGAUGAACAUCCAUUUCAGUGCAGUCUCGUUCUCAGAAGUCAUCCCGUACCAUGGUUCAUCAAUAACUUCUCUCCCAGUGUCAUCUGCUCAUCUCAUUGGACGGUAUUCCAUAGAGAAGCUGGAGUUUCACCCCACAGCCCAGAGUCUGGUUUGACCACACAAACCUACUGUAGAUCAGUGAGCUUCAGAUAGAGCUGUCUUCUUCAUGGGAAAAAGCACCUCAAGGGGCAAAGACUCCUCAGGAGUGUUAUGGUCUUGGUUGUGGAUGUUCCCAGUGAGGGUGACAUAAGCAUCCUGAGACUCCAGUAAAGAAGACUGGGAGCACUGUUGCGGCGCCAUCAAGCAGUCCGUCACCCAGUGGUUGUGUAGCGCAGUUCUCCAUCUCUCUGUCAGAACCCCAUCCUGACCCUUCUGCAUAUCCUCCUCUCUGCAUUGGAGAGCUAAAGCCCUGGACCUUUUGGGUGGCAGGGGUGGAGUUGGCGGUGGGGGGUUCAGGCUUAGCUCUGAGAGGACCUCCAGAGAUGUGGGAUAGUCCUCUGUGUAGAACAACGCUGGGGUCAACCACAGGCCCCCGUUUGUCUGCUUUAGCCACUCCUGUGCAAGAAUUAAAUGGAAGAUCAGUCACCCAACAUUUUAAGGCAUAGCGUCUGAGCAAUGCAUUCAUUAGGGUGCUGCAAUGACGUCAGCUUCCCUCUGGGUUUCCAAGGCUUGAUCAGAGUGGCUAAAAAAUGAUAUAUACAGAACAUAUGGGGGCGGCACGGCAGUCGAGUGGUUAGCGCGCAGACCUCACAGCAAGGAGACCAGGGUUCAAUCCCACCCUCGGCCAUCUCUGUGUGGAGUUUGCAUGUUCUCCCCGUGCAUGCGUGGGUUUUCUCCGGGUACUCCGGUUUCCUCCCACAUUCCAAAAACAUGCUAGGUUAAUUGGUGACUCCAAAUUGUCCAUAGGUAUGAAUGUGAGUGUGAAUGGUUGUUUGUCUAUAUGUGUCCUGUGAUUGGCUGGCCACCAUUGGCGACCCUCGUGAGGAAAAGCGGUAGAAAAUGAAUGAAUGAAUGAAUGAACAUAUGGGUGUGUGAAUUACUUGCAGUUUUCCUUUGUAAACAAGCAGUUUAGUUCCUACUAGCGCUGUGUUAUAGUUCUAGGACCCCAGGCCUUGUUCUUACCUGAAAGUCUCCACCAUAAUCGGUAAAUAGGCCUUGAAACUUGCCAUCUGGAGUUGGAAUAGUUGGCCAUAUCUUCUUUAUCAAAAAACUGAAACGAUAAAAGCGGGUAAACGUAUCUUAACAUUAACAACUGAUACUUUUUUCGUGGUAUGCAAAUCCCGACCUGCGAUUGGACACAAGUAGAACAAUGAAUGACACCAGCAGUAAGAUGAAGAACAUGACGAGCGUAGGUAACACGAUGAGCAUGUUGAGUUCUGGAAAAAGCACAGAUUAAAAACAACAUAAGAUAAGGGUUGCAUGUGCAUUGUCGGCGUAGGGUCACAUCGUAUUGCCACAUUAUUUUGCCAUCAUCAAGAUAGUAGCACAACUAAAACUGAAGAAGGGGGAUCUUCAAUAUGUCUUCUUUGUUUAAAAUAGAAUCAUUUGUGGUCAGAAAUGGAGAUAGAGUAGACUUUUAAAGGUAUGUACGUUUUUAACGUAUCACAGUGGCCCCCUGCAUCUUCAUGUUGUAUGUGGUAGUAUGUGUCCAGACCUGCAUGUGGCGUCUGCAUGAACACGGGGUCACUCCACAUGCUCCAGUAGCCGUUGUAGCUUAUUCCAUCCAGCUUUACACGUACCCGCGCUUUGUACUUAGUGCCUGGCUGUAGGCCCCUUAAAAUCACCCCGGAGCUGGCUUGUACCACCUUUACCUGCAAAAAAAAAAAAAAAUCCCUUUCUCAGUAAUAAACUCCAUCCAAAAAAUACAAAGUCAUUGUUUGAUCAGGACAUAGAAACUCAUAUUUUAAUUUAAAUUUAAUUCAAAUUAUUAAUAUUACGUUUUUCCGCUAUGUCAUUUUCCAAAAAAUGUUGUUUGUUUCUUACAACUUUUUUCUUUACUAUUUUAAAUUUAUACUACUUGAAGUUUUACAUCAGAAUAUUAUUCUAGUAAAAUUCAGACUUUUUCUUGUUAGAUUACCACUUUUUUCCUUAAUAUUUGUACUUUAUUCUUGUAAAACUGUGUUUAUUAAAUGACUGUAUAUUUGUAGGGUCAAUAGAAAUCAUACCUGUGUCACGUGGCUCUCUACCGUUUCAUACGAGACCUCGUACAUCAAGCUGUCAUCCAUGUACUUGAGAGCAGGAGGCACCCAGCUGACAUUCAGCUGACCUUGCUCACCAGUGGUGCUCACGGUCACGUUAGCGGGAGGAUCCAGCAGAACUGGCGUAUAUAACAACACCAUACAAAAAAAAUAGUAAAUGUUACAGCUCAGCAAGCAAAAGAUUAAUUCUACAAGUUUUGCUUUUUGUUUGUUGACUUUUGCUCCACUUAUUUCAUUAUAGGGACUGAAUGCGUGUGUAACGGGUCCUCCAGCUGCCUAGAGGGCGCCAAAGCUUUGAAUGUCAAGCAAGCUUUUCCUGCAAUGAGAAUGUCCGUAUGUAAGGUACGCCCAAUGUAGCAUGCAUAUGGUUACUUUGUUGUCAGCUAAUGAUAGCAAUUUGACAAAGUUUAGCUAUAAACGUUUGCUAUCCUCCAUUGUAACAACAUCAUAACUGUAAAUUGUACGUCAUCUCUCUCAGCCUGCGCCGCCAGUUUGAAAAUGAUUUGCUACAAAUAAUGUAUAUUUGAUUGUCUAUCUAUGCUAGCGACGCAUCGUGACAUUCCCUGGAGUCCAAAUAUUUUGUAGGCCACAUACUCAAAAUAGAAGGCUGCAAGGGCCAGUGGGAUAUUUUAUAGGAAAACAUAUAAAUAUGCUAAGAGGUUAUGUAUAGUUCAAGGAAAAAAAUGCAUCUCAGAUUUUUGAUUUAGGUGAAAAAGCAUGUUGAGGUAUGAACAGCACUUUCUGUUGUUUUUUCAAUUAUUUCCAAAUAUUUCAAAUAAUCCACAUAAAUGUUCUUCUCAUCAUGUUAUGACUUUAUUACCAAAAUUACAACUUUUUUAUGACUUUCAAUAAAUAACAGUUUUUUCACAUAUAUGCUAGUAAAAUUACGUUAUUUUUGUCAUGACAAAAUGAGUUUAUUCUUGUAAAAUUGCAAAUUUAUUUCUUUAUUUUUUUUAAUAUUUUGACUAUUUUUGUAAAUUUACAAUUUUUAAUUUUUUUUUUCAUUUAUGCUGUGUUUUUUGUUUUAAUAUUCCAACUUUCCAUUUCAGUUUUUCUUCUUGUAAAUGUUGUAAUUAUGACUUUAUUUCCUUGAUAUUUUGACUUUAUUGCAGGGAUAUCUGAUAUUGGCUUUUUUGCUGUAAACCGAUAUGCCGAUAUUGUCUCAAUUACUCUCAACUCUCAAUUACUGAUAUCAGCCGAUACCCAUAUGUGUAACAUGACUUAUCUCCUCUGGUGGAGAUACAGCAUUUUUUAAUCGUUUUCAUGAUCGGGAAAAAAAUCUGAUACCGAUAUCGCAUCGGGCCGAUAAUUAUUGGACUCUACUUUAUUCUUAUAAUAUUAAGUUAAUGUGAAAUUAUUUACCUCACAGCUAGGAGACCCUAGUUCAAUUCCACCCACGGCCAUCUCUGUGUGGAGUUUGCAUGUUCUCCCCGUGCAUGCGUGGGUUUUCUCCUGGUACUCCGGUUUCCUCCCACAUUCCAAAAACAUGCUAGGUUAAUUGGCGACUCCAAAUUGUCCAUAGGUAUGAAUGUGAGUGUGAAUGGUUGUUUGUCUAUAUGUGCCCUGUGAUUGGCUGGCGACCAGUCCAGGGUGUACCCCGCCUCUUGCCUGAAGACAGCUGGGAUAGGCUCCACACCCCCGCGACCCUCAUGAGGAUAAGCGGUAAUUAUUAAUAUUACAUUUUUCCGCUAUGUCAUUUUCCAAAAAUGACAACUUUAUUUUGUUUUGUUUGUUUCUUACAACUUUUUUCUUUACUAAUUUAACUGAAGUUUUACAUCAGAAUAUUAUUCUAGUAAAAUUCAGACUUUUUCUUGUUAGAUUACCACUUUAUUCCUUAAUAUUUGUUCUUUAUUCUUGUAAAAUUGUGUUUAUUAAAUGACUGUAUAUUUGUAGGGUCAAUAGAAAUCAGUGGUUUCAACACCCCUGUGUAGACCAACAGAUCUGUAGUGGAUCAUGUUCCACCUCAGAGCUUUCACUGCACUAAUUAUUCCCACACUAACAAUAUAACCACAGACUUUCACAUGUAUAAAAAAAUCACAUAAAAAAAAAAAACUUACAGACAAGCUCAACGAGGAGGCUCCGAUUGUGUAUCAGCCUUGUCUCCCGGUGAACUUCAAUGUCCAUUUGGACAAACAUCUGAGUUUGAUUCAGGUGGCAGACGAUCAGCUUCUUCCCACUGUGUGCCCGGUGGACCGUCAGUGGGCAUCUGCUGCUGUUUUCGUUUCUGUUGGGGAAAUAGGAAAAAGUUUUGAGGCAAACAUUAUGGUUGUGGAAAAUAAAAUGCUGCUACUGCUACUGCUACUGCUACUGCUACUGCUACUGCUGCUGCUACUGCGACUGCGACUGCUAAAAAUAAAAAUAAAUAAAAAUAAUAAAAAUAAAAAUAAAAUGUGCCCUGUGAUUGGCUGGCAACCAGUCCAGGGUGUACCCCGCCUCUCGCCCAAAGAGAGCUGGGAUAGGCUCCAGCACCCCCGACCCUUGUGAGGAAAAGCGGUAGAAAAUGAAUAAAAAUAAAAAUAAAAAUAAAAAUAUGCCCUGUGAUUGGCUGGCAACCAGUCCAGGGUGUACCCCGCCUCUCGCCCAAAGACAGCUGGUAUAGGCUCCAGCACCCCCGACCCUCGUGAGGAUAAGCGGUAGAAAAUGAAUAAAAAUAAAAAUAAAAAUAAAAAUAAAAAUAAAAAUAAAAAUAAAAAUAAAAAUAAAAAUAAAAAUAAAAAUAAAAAUAAAAAUAAAAAUAAAAAUAAAAACAAUUAAAUACAAAAUAAUUAAAUACAAAAUAAUUAAAUACAAAAUAGUAAUUAUAAUCAAUGUAAUAAUAUCAACAAUAAACCAUAAUAAUAGAUAAACGAAGAAUAAUAGGAGUGUUAUUUUAUGUCUCCAGGGCUCUAGUAAUGACAACCACCUUCAUGAUCAGUUUGUGCUUCCGGGAUACAAAGGCACCCACUUUCAGAGUAAACACUAAACAGGAAACUGCUAACAGGAAAUUGCUAUUGGCGGAAAAAAGCUCAUCAUCAAUCACACAAAGCAUGAACAGCCGUUUGGUUGCAGUAAUAAAGAAUAAGACAGUAAAUUCUUACUGAUAGUUGUAUGUGAAAGAAUACUGAUCCACAGAACCAGCAUUCUCCUCCUCCUCCUCCUCCUCCUCCUCCCAGAAGCAGGUGAAGUCCUUCCUGCCUUCUGCAAAGCAUUUUGGUGUUCCUGGUUCUUCUUUCAGCAUGAUGGAAACUGCGCGGUUGUGGCGCGUGCAGACAAAAAUCACGUUUUCAUCCUCUCACUUGAAAGUUGCAUAUUUAAGAAUGAAACUUUACCUUUCUUGUCAAAAUCUCGCCCAACUCGGACGCUGGAGGUUGCCCUCAUGGCGCACACCGUGGCGGAAAGUACCAGCAAUCUUCUCAGGUGAUCACAUGUCAUCCUCCUGUCUUCUACGUGAAAACGAAGAGUGUUGUUGUGCACAACAUGAGCGCAAACUGACACACAGGCUUGACGUGUGUGUGUGUGUGUGUUUGAGUGAGUGAGAGGGGGGGUGAGGAGGUUGUCCUGUUUGGGCUUUAGAUACCAUGGAUAGAGCAACACGGUUAGACGGCUGCUCCUCAGCGAUAAGGUAUGUGAAGAGAUGUUUACUGACUCCUAAAAGUCAGAAGAGUAGAAGAGGAGGAACCAGAGCACGCUUGAAAAUGUAAAAAAAAAUAUUUACAACCCUGUAAGGGUGGGCGAUGCUGCAAAUGUUGGAAUCGAUUCGAUACCAGCAAUGCUGAUAUUGACUUUUUACUGCAGUAUUGAUGAUUUUUGCCUUUAAUUUGUUGACCAUGGUUAUAAUCACCAUAAAACACAGGUUUUAGCUAAUAUACUAUAUAUAUAUAUACUUUUUAAAAUCAACUUAUAU